AUGACCUCUGUGACGGUUCUCGACGAUGAUAGUUACGCUCCUCAAGAGGUAGGAGGAAUUCAUAAAGAGACGACUGUUCCGGAGUCUUCGAUGAGUAGUGCACAGAGGAGAAAGCUGGCGGAUAUUAGCAAUUUGCAAGGUCAUGCGAAACAAGAGACGCACCAGCAACAAAAUAUGAUCUUCUCUUCCCAGGAAUAUGCUGAAAAGCUUCAAAAGGAAAACAUGACACUGAUGAAAGCCUUGGCACACAGAAACAAAAUCGUCGAGCUGAGCGGUGUUGAGAUUCAGAAACUGAGGAUCAACUUACGGAAUGUGCAGGAAAAGAAUUUGCAGCUUGCACAGGCAAACAGUCAAAUGUUGGCGGAACUCAACACAAACAGAGACAGACUCAAGCUACUUCAGCAUGAACUUGGCUGCAAUAAUGUAUUACUCAAUGCCAAGAAAAUGCAGCACGAGGAGCAAGCACUUCCAUGUACACAUCACGCAUCGAAAGUUAAGAUUCCAGAAAACGUUUCUGAUGGGGAUUGCGCGCAUGGCAUGAAUCAUAAAGACACCAAGAGAAAGCGAACAUCAAGGAUAAAAUCGUCAGGAAGCUCCAACAAUAAGCCAAUACACGUUAAUGAGAACGCUAACAGUAAAAGGAAAUUUUCUGGAGUAAUAGAUACUACUUGUAUCACAGAAGAAACCUGUGAAACUGAAGAUACCAUUGAAAAGGGGGUUGUGUCUCGAGGGGCAAACCAAAUUGGUGACAAUGUCGUCGACAAGAAGUUUGUUCUUGAUGAAGCAAAUCUGGCGAAAGACAGCGUGCAUAGCAAGAGGCAAUGUGCGCGAAGGCAAUCUACCAGGUUUGAUGUUCAAGAAACUGAACAAAUGGAUAAAUUGCUUGAGAUGGAUGGUGCCAAAGAAACUAAAGAAACUGCAAGGCCCUCUUUGAGAAGACGCUCUGCUCGGUUAAGGUUGGAAGAAGCUGAACCAUCUAAAAGUUUCCAUGAGAUAGACGAAGGUCAUUGCCUACAACAAAACAACCAAAUAAAAGAAACUGAACAAAUGGAAAAGUUGCUUGAGAUGGAUGAUGCCAAAGAUAUUGCAAGGCCCUCUACGAAAAAACGCUCUGCUCGGUUAAGGCCCAAAGAAUCUGAACCAUGCAAAAGCUUCCAUGAGAGAGACGAAGUCAGGGAAACAAUCAAGAGGAGAAGUGUCUCUUCAAGACAACAGUCUGCAAGGUUUAAUUUCAAAGAACCGGAAGUGACUGAAACUUUGAAUGCUGAUGAUGCAGGAAGCUUGGUAAGCGAAGAACCUGUUGGAUCAAAAUCUGAAACUGUAGAACCAUCUGAAAGCAUACAUGACACAAAGGAGACAAACGGGAAAUGCAGAGUAUCAACGAGAAGACAAUCAACAAAGGGUAAACCUCAAACAUCUACAGAAACCGAUGCAGCCAUCAAAGAAACGGCGACAGACUCGUCUUUGCACAACAACAUAGUUCAAGAGUGUGAUCUGAUACCAUCAUCAGUUUCUCAGGAGGACCAUGAGCGAGAAUCAAAGAACAACAAGCCUGCAGCUGAUGAAACUGAAGGAAUGGUGAGAAGAACAUCUGUCGGAAGACCAUCGAGACAUGCCGCAGAGAAAGUCCAAUCAUACAGAGAAGUCUCACUUAAAGUGAAGAUGCGGCGAAAGGAUUGA